CGCCCGACCGAUUCUCUCUCGAGCUCUCCUUGCUUGCUUCACUGCCUGGCCUUGCCAAGUUGCCACCCCUUGACCUUGAGUUCUCCUUUCGCGCCUCCCGUUCCCCCUCAGCUAUCUCGAUGCCGCUGCUGCUCCCUUCGCUGCUUCUCGUUUCUCGCGCUUCUCUCGAUCUUUUCGAACAGCCCUCUCCCCACAGUGUCAGUGCUGAAACGAGCAUAGAAGACUAGACUGCAAUUCCCGCCGAGUGACGUUCAGCUCGCCUCUAGUAGCGUUCUGCCACCCUUGAUUGCGCCGCAGCUCGCGCGUAGUGUAGCUUGUCGUCAGGCCCAAAACUCACACGGUCGGGGAUUAGUACGACGUCGGUCGGUGAUAUAGAUUGCCGCGGUACUAUCCGCCUUCUGGCCUCCUUUUCAGCAUCUCGUUCUUAGGGCUAGACACCAGGGCAUGGGCGGUACGAGAGCGAGCUGCCACGUGGUUUAAUUCGCUGUCCGCCGUCCCUUUCCUGAUGACAUGAGCAGCUAUUAUGAUUUAGAUGACAUUUUGGCAGAGGAUGAGAAACUUCCCGUCACGUUUCGGACCGGAGCGACGGGAGUGGGACGAGCUUUGGACCCGAGCACAGACGCCGAUGACCUGGCAGCGGGCGCCAAGGUGGACUUGCCGUUGUGGAUGGUGCCGCACCUAGCGAAGCGCAACAUGGUGUCGGCCCUGGAGCCCAAGAUGUUCGGCGAGAGAAUUCGGAAGGAAGUGCAAGCAGACGCCGCAUGUGUCAAUCUCCGUGCCUGCUCGCCCUACUUCUACUCAUUUGGCACCAAAAUCGCUGAGUGGGUGCGCGACAAGACGCUCACGCGCUUCCUGUUCAGCACCUUUGUGGAGCGCUACAGGGACCUGCUCACACGCGCCUUCGUGCUCCCCGAGAAGGAGGUGCCUCAUGUGCGCCGGCUGCUGCCCAAGGAAGAGCAGCAAUUGUUGACUGCAGGAUAUGCUGCCAUGCGCAGGUACACGGCGUGGCAGGAGCAGAGCCAUAACCGACUGCUGGUGUCCCCCAUUCUCGGCCGCAGCCUCUCUCGCAAGCGUGCCAGGCUGCCCUUUGCUGAUGUGAGCAAUAAUAAUGGCAACACAACUAGUGCCAGCACUGGCGGUGGGGAAAGAGGGAGGGGUACAGGGGGGUGGGGGGGUGGAAGUUCUGCAAGCAGUGGUUGGGGAAGUGGUUCUGUUGGAGAUGGGAACGAUGGGAGGCAUGGUGGGAACCAGAGACAACGAAGGUGAUGACAAGGCAUUAAUUCUCCACAUGGAAAACGUGUUUGACUCAAUCACCUUCCAAACACGCUCACAUGCUUUGUGUGUCUCGGCAGAUUGUUAUGUAUACAGUUCGUUUUAUUUGUCGAGCCUAUUGU